CCAGAGACUGAGUUUCAACCCGGAUGUGUCUUUGUUUCAGUUUUGAAACAGACUGCUAGAAAGAACCGAAAUCCCUCCAACGCUCAGCAGCGGGGUCACCUCAUCCCAAACUCAGCCCACGCUGGCUAGCCCCAGGGCGCGCGGGUGGAGCGAUUGAUGUGCGUCCUGAAGUCCCCUCCAUCCCGAGGCUGUCCUAGAUGUUCUCCUGUGGCCCUACGUGUCCUCACCUACAUUCAAAACUCCCCAGACUCAGCUCGCACCAAGAAGACCGGUGUGCGUUACUAGGUUCCUGCAGCCCCGGUAACAACCCCCGCGGCGCUUUCUCUUUCCGCCUGGGAGGCUGGAAACCUUGUCCCUAGGACCCCGGGUGGCCGCUGCUGUGCUUCCGGGCGGCUGGGCCGGCCCAGUCUGGGCCGCAGGAGGAGGAAGCCAGCCGGCCCGGGGCUGCUCUUCCCUCUCCGCAUCCCCGCCGCCCCCGCCUCCGCCUCCCAAGUCGGGAACCCCGCCUAGUCCAGCGCCGUGAACUUGAACUCUGGACUAGACCUCGCCGGCCGCCCCGGCGGCCCCCAGCGCGGACUCGCCAUCCCCAUCGCUAAUCCCGGGCGAAAAGGGACGCUGCGGAGAUGGUCGGGCUCUGGCUGGGGCUGGUCGGGCAGAAGCUGCUGCUCUGGGGCGCGGCGAGCGCCGUCUCCCUGGCGGGCGCCACCCUCAUCCUCAACCUCCUUCAGAUGGUGGCCAGUUACGCGAGGAAAUGGCAGCAGAUGAGGCCCAUCCCGACCGUCGCCCGCGCCUACCCCUUGGUGGGACACGCGCUGUUGAUGAAGCCGGACGGGAGAGAAUUUUUUCAGCAGAUAAUUCAGUAUACUGAAGAAUACCGUCACCUGCCACUGCUGAAGCUGUGGAUUGGCCCAGUGCCGAUGGUGGCGCUUUAUAAUGCUGAAAAUGUGGAGGUAAUUUUAACUUGUUCAAAGCAAAUUGACAAAUCUUAUAUGUACAAAUUCCUAGAGCCAUGGCUUGGUCUUGGACUUCUUACAAGUACUGGAAACAAAUGGCGCUCCCGAAGAAAAAUGUUAACACCCACUUUCCAUUUUACAAUUCUGGAAGAUUUCUUAGAUAUCAUGAAUGAGCAAGCGAAUAUAUUGGUUAAUAAACUUGAGAAACAUGUUAACCAAGAAGCAUUUAACUGCUUUUUUUACAUCACUCUUUGUGCCUUAGAUAUAAUCUGUGAAACAGCUAUGGGGAAGAAUAUUGGUGCUCAAAGCAAUGGUGAUUCUGAGUAUGUCCGUGCAGUCUACAGGAUGAGUGACAUGAUACAUCGGAGAAUGAAGAUGCCCUGGCUUUGGCUUGAUCUUUGGUACUUUCUGUUUAAAGAAGGAUGGGAACACAAAAGAGGCCUUAAGAUCCUACACACUUUUACCAACAAUGUCAUUGCUGAACGGACCAAGAAAAUGAAGGAAGUCGGAGACUGUAGAGGUGCUGAUGGGGGCCCUGUCCCUUCCAAAAAUAAACGCAAGGCUUUUCUUGACUUGCUUUUAAGUGUGACUGAUGACGAAGGGAGCAAGCUAAGUCAGGAAGAUAUUCGAGAAGAAGUUGACACCUUCAUGUUUGAGGUACUUUAUAUCCUCAGGUUAUUUUCAGGUAUCAUUAACAUUCCAGAACUCAGGGUAUAGCUCUUGCCUAAGCAUGUACUAGGCCCUAGGUUCAUCCCCAGCAUGGCAGAAACAAACAACAAAUAAAUUCCAGUUAUUUUCAGAGUCUUUCGAAUAAUUUUAACAGGUAAGUCAAUGUUAAAAUAAUUCCAUGUAAUCAGAAAGAUUACUUUAUCAUCAGAAGUGACAGAAUUGAAGAACCUCAUUGAGUACCAGGCCAACUUCCUUAUUCAGAACAAGCUUUAUGUCAUGGUGGAGACCAUAGUAGACACAUUCUUUACUUAAGAAAAGUUAAGGUUUAUCAGACUUUCCCAAGAAGAAGAGCCACACGAAAUUGUUUUCAGUUCUCCAUAUUACUUCAUGCUUCCAAAUCCACAAGUCCAUUUCCUCACUACCUCCUUUUAAAGUUCUAACAAAUAAGCACUUAGCUACUUCAAUGGCUGCUAAGCCAGAGGGCAGUAAGGCUCCUCCAAUGGAGAUCUGACCAGUUUGCCAUGCUAAAGGGGUUUCUGGUCUUUGUAUAUUUUUAAACAGUUCUUUUCACAAAAUAGUUUAAAAUGUUUUAUUAAAAGUUACAAAGAGUAAAACUUUCCAUGUGUGGAUUGCAAUAAAGAUAAACAAUUUUUUUUAAUGGUACUACUCUCCAAAGGGAGGACAGUAGAAUGCAUCCAAGUUUUCAGUGACUUACUGUGUGCUAAGCAUUGUGCUGGCUGCUCUGUUACAGGCAUCUGGAUAUAAUGCCAAUG